AUGGAUUCAGAAUGCAACAAUUGUACCCAAUCAUUAUAUAAAACUGUUUUAGUUAUAUCCGGUGGUUCUAUAUUAUCCGUCCUAAUUAUUACAGGUAAUUUACUUGUUAUGAUUUCAUUUCGUAUUAAUAAACAAUUGCGUACGGUAACAAAUUAUUUUUUACUAUCUCUUGCUAUUGCCGAUUUUACCAUCGGAUUUUUUUCCAUACCUAUUUUUAUUACGUAUACAGUAGCAAAUACAUGGCCAUUUAAUUCAUUUUUAUGUAAUAUUUGGUUGAGUGUGGAUUAUACAAUGAGUAAUGCAUCUGUUGCCAAUUUAUUACUAAUUUGUUUUGAUCGUUAUUUAUCCAUCACACGUCCGUUGACCUAUCGUGCUAAACGAACACCCAGACGAGCGGCUGCUAUGAUAUGUUUAGGCUGGACAAUAUCCUUUUUCAUUUGGACACCUUGGAUAUUUGCUUGGCCGUAUAUUGAUAGUUCGGUAAUUCAUACAUCAAAUAUGAAAGAACCACAUUGUAAAUUACCAUUUGCAGAUAAAGCAGUAUUUUCUAUUCCAACAGCCAUUGCUGCUUUCUAUUUACCAGUAACACUUAUGUGCCUUCUAUACUAUCGUAUUUAUCGUGAAACGGUGAAAAGACGAAAAGAAUUACAUUUAUUACAAGCACAACAUUGUAAUCCAUCAUCAUGGUCAGCAUUAAAUAGUGGUAGUAACACUAAUGUCGGUACUAUCGCUACCGCGAAUACAUCGAAUGGUCAAACAGCAGUCACAAGUGUACAUGGUGGUCAGCAACAUCGAUUAUCAACAUCUGAUGCACAUACAUUAGAAUUAGAUACAGAUGCUGUGUCAACAACUUCUCAACAAAUUAAGUCAAAUAAUUCACUAGUCAUAACACAACAAAGUGAUCGUCAACUAAGGUUACAUUGGAAAAUAUGUUGUUGUUCAAGGUGCUGCGAAGAUGCACCAGUAACUCUAAAUGAAGACGAAUCGUCCAGUUGUAGUCAAAACCGUCAACAAAUUAUUACGAUAAAUGAUGAAAAUAGAAAAAUAAGCCUUGUCAAUGGUCGCCCAGGUGUUAUUCGAGAAACAACAACAUUCUCAAAGAGCGAUGGUUCACCAACAAAAUCAUCGUUACUUUACGAUCCAUGGGUAAGACGAAUCGAUGCGUCCUCAACAGCAACAGGUGAACAACGCUUUUUUUGUAAUUGGAAUACUAUUGAUAGCGAUUACGACACAUUGUCAUCAAAUAGACUUAAAAACAUGUUCAUACCAAAAACUGUGAUACACGAAUGUCAAUCAAAUUCAGGUGAAAAUUCGUCAAAUUAUGUACGAUAUGAUCUUUGUAAUCGUAAGAGUAAUGAAAGCAUUACAGUAUUACAAAAAUCAAAUUUAAAAGAUAUAACGGCAACGUGGCCUUACAUUGAUGCUGUUGAUAGUGAUGGAAAUGAUUUAAAAAUCAAGCAAAAACAAUAUCUCCACAGCUCAAAUACAGAAUAUAAUGACAACGAUAAUGACGAAGGAGAUAAUGAAAGUAAUUUAUCGUUAACAGACAAAGAUAUUGAAUACGUCGAAUCGAGAUUACGUGGUCAGCUACUACCAAUAAAACUUCAUCGACAAUCAAAAAUCAAACAACAGACAUCUGCGAAUGCGUCCACUUAUUCGCUGCAUAAUCAACCGUCUAAUAUUGCGUCGAUUAUUAUUCAAGAACAAAAAAAUAAACAUUUUGUUGGGCCCAUCGAAGAUAAUUCAUCUUGUCGACAAACAAAACAUUUGUCUGCUAGAUCAUCAGUGACAAUAACAGCAACUACACCAUAUCAUGAAAUAACCACUAUCGACAAUAAUCAAAUAAAUAUUUCCAAAUCACCAAGUCUAAUAAAACUUUCACAAACAGAUAUAACAACAGAUAAUAAAAAGGGGAAAAGAAGGUCAAAAAGUACAGUAAAUGGAAGUGUUAAAUCAACAAAACGUCGCGUAGAAAAAGUUAAGGAUCAAAAAGCAGCAAAAACGCUUAGUGCCAUACUACUGGCAUUUAUCAUUACUUGGUUACCAUAUAAUACAAAUAUAAUUAUUUCAACAAUUAAACCUAAUAUAUUUGCAAGGGGUUUUCCUAUGUAUUGGGAGAGACUUGGAUAUAUGCUUUGCUAUAUCAAUAGUGCAAUAAAUCCAAUGUUAUAUGCUCUAUGUAAUAGUACAUUUCGUAGAACAUUUUCUAGAAUAUUACGCUGUGAAUGUCAUCGUCGUCACACAUCACAAAUGCAUGUCAUACGUCCAUCAUCUCAUUUUCAUAGAAAAAAUGUCAAAUCUAAAUAA